AUGGUCAACGUCAACAGGUAUAUUCAUUGAACGGCUCCGAUUUUCUGUUAUGACUCCCCCAACCUAGGAAGGUGGGGGAGGAAAGUGGGACUAGACCAAAUUAAUUAAUUAUUUAAUUAAUAAAAAUUAAAAUAGGAAAUCAAAAUAAAAGAGAGAAAAAGGGUAAAGGGGAACGAGCCGAUACAUACACAAUUUCCAUGGCGUGAGAGAAGGAGAAGGCGAGUACGUUUUAGAAUUGAAGAGAGAAGGGGAAAGGGGAACACACAAAAAAUACACACACAAUCACAUGGGAGAGGAGCUACAUCCUGCGUUACACACUCUCCUCUCUGAAUAAAAGCCCAGCUGCUUUAAUUCCCUCUGCGUCCUCCCCUUUUGGCCUUUAUUGCGCUUCUAUUUUCUAUUUUCCUCCCUCCGCUCUCGUUUUAAUCUCUCUCAGAAUCGUUGGAAACAGAGGAAUUGAAGUGGGGUGUGGUUGAUCUUUGGUGGGUUGUGUUUGAUCUGCGGUUUUUGGGUUGUCUCUUGGGGGCAGAGAGGAACAGAUGGAGGAGAGUCUUCUUUGCCAGUGGAGCGCGUUUAGAUCUCUGCUUGCCAUCCUUCAAUGGUGGGGGUUCAAUGUCACCGUGAUUAUCAUGAACAAGUGGAUCUUUCAGAAACUGGAUUUCAAAUUUCCUCUGUCAGUGUCAUGUAUUCACUUCAUAUGCUCUGCUAUUGGAGCCUAUCUAGUAAUCAAGGUACUGAAGCUUAAGCCACUGAUAGUGGUUGACCCUGAAGAUCGCUGGAGACGGAUAUUUCCCAUGUCAUUUGUAUUCUGUAUUAACAUAGUGUUGGGGAACGUGAGUUUGCGUUACAUUCCAGUUUCUUUUAUGCAGACUAUAAAGUCAUUCACUCCUGCAACAACAGUUGUUUUGCAGUGGAUGGUUUGGAGAAAAUACUUUGAAUGGCGAAUUUGGGCUUCUUUGGUACCCAUUGUUGGAGGAAUUCUUCUUACAUCUGUCACAGAGCUCAGCUUUAAUAUGUUUGGAUUUUGUGCUGCCUUAUUUGGCUGUCUGGCUACUUCCACAAAGACCAUACUUGCGGAGUCUUUGUUGCAUGGAUAUAAAUUUGAUAGCAUAAACACAGUGUACUACAUGGCACCUUUUGCAACCAUGAUCUUGGCAGUGCCAGCUAUGGUACUUGAAGGUCCUGGUGUUAUAGAUUGGUUUCAAACUCACGAGUCUAUUGGUCCGGCCCUCAUCAUCAUUUUCAGUUCUGGGGUUUUGGCUUUCUGCCUCAACUUCUCCAUCUUCUAUGUGAUUCACUCAACAACUGCUGUCACAUUUAAUGUUGCUGGAAAUCUUAAGGUUGCAGUUGCUGUCAUGGUUUCAUGGCUUAUAUUCAGAAAUCCAAUCUCAGCUAUAAACGCAGUUGGAUGCUCAGUGACACUCGUGGGCUGCACAUUCUAUGGAUAUGUGAGGCACAAGCUCUCCCAACAGCCUCCAGGGACUCCUAGGACACCCCGGACACCACGGAGCAGGAUGGAGCUGCUCCCCCUUGUAAACGAUAAACUAGAUGAUAAGGUCUGAUUAAGAGGUCUUCAUGUUCCUUGGCAGUUGAGAAAAAGGAUGAAAGCCCAAAAAGGAUUAAAAGAAAAAAAAAACGAAAAACAAGGAAACACCCUACUUGUUAUGUAGACCUUUCCUUUAGAUCAAUUAAAAUUUUAAUAGAUUGCUCCUUUUUUCCCCUAAAAAUAAAAGGUAUUUCUUAGCUUCUUAUUA